CUCAAGCCACUCGGACGCUAGGCGCAAGCGCUGACUAGCUGAUUCCAUUCGCGUGUUAAAAUCUGCCUUACGGUAUCCAACGGAAUGCGGUGGGUUACUACUUCUUGGCGCUGGUUGCUGUUGCUAGCAUACGGUGUGCAAUCUGCCGAAAGUGAAUCCUCGUGCACGAGACUGGACUUUGAUCAAGCGCAGCUAAAUUCGCUGACGAAGUGUGAAUAUGUGCAGGAGUUCAUCGCGAAGCGGUACGAUGCUUCGGAGCACUUCGAACCAUACCGGCCGGAAGCUGAACAUUUCCUGUCCUACCGCUGGCAGGGAUUAUCGUGCGGGGAAACGGUCAACAGUUACUCGCUCAACGAAGAGACGGAGCUACGGAUGGCCUACAAUCUGAUUAUCGACAGUGGAGCAGCGCUCGAGGUACGAGUGCUAGAUACCGAACGGCUGGAUGAUGCGGGCCAACCGACGAUGGUUGAAAAAUGGAAUACUGCCCUAUCGACCGACGGAUGGGGUUUCUUUCGGGAAAAACUCAACAAAACCAUCCCCAAGGCGAAGAUUCAAAUCGAGGCUAACAUCAACGCAGGCAGCGACUUGGCGAUCGAGUAUCUGACGAUUUUCAACUAUGGCAUAGCAACGAACGAGUGUGAGGUAGUGGAUGAGUUUACUACGUCAACUGCGAUCGUCACCACGACAACAGCAGCAGCAACAACAGCUUCGAGCACGCCGUCAACGACAAGCAGCGUCACAACGAGCACGACAGAGGAAACAACAGUUCCGGUUACAAUCACAUCAAGCACCGAAGAGAUAACCGCUUCUACUGCGUCGGAAACAACGACUAGCACCGCAAUUAUGCCAACAUCACCGGAACCAACGACGAGCUCAACGACGAGCUCAACGACCAGCUCAACUAGCACAUCUACCAGCACCAGUACAACGGAACCAACCACUUCGAUAACGACAACGACUACCAACGGUCCCAGAGAUGACUUGACAUCGGAUUCCACCCUUUCAACCACAUCAGCAACGCUAGUAUCUUCGGAUAAACCACAGACAAAUACCACUACUACUGCUACUACUACUAGUGCGGCAAUCUCUAGUACCACGCUUUCGGUGGCAGUAAGUGGACGUCCGGACGAUGAGGACCUCCAGCAGUCGAACGAGUGGUUUUGGAUGACACUUGCGGCAGUGUUCGGCGUACUGCUGCUCUUCAGUAUGAUCGUAAUGGUUUAUCUGUGCCUUGAAAACUAUUAUCUAAAUCGAUUAACGCACCGGUGGAUGGAUGUGGAUCAGCUUCCGCAAAAGCAAUGACUGGUGCACAGCAGGAUGUCCGUACAUCUUCUGGAUAAUAAA